AUGUCUAAUCUUCCUUAUGCUGCAGAUGCGGAAAGCCCGCUGAAGCCCGCGGAGCUUCAAGUGCUGCGCGCUCAAUACGAGAAAGAAGGCGACUAUGUUGGCAUCCAAACCAAGUUCAACUUUGCCUGGGGCUUAAUCAAAUCAAACCAGCGUCCCGACCAACAAGAAGGUGUUCGUCUUUUGUCGGAGAUCUUCCGCGGAGCCCCGGAACGCCGACGAGAAUGCCUAUACUAUUUGGCCCUGGGCAACUACAAGCUGGGCAACUACGGCGAGGCCCGCCGAUACAACGACUUGCUUCUCGAGAAAGAACCGGCCAACCUGCAGGCGGCCAGUCUGGGGUCACUUAUCGAUGAUAAGGUUGCCAAGGAAGGGCUGAUGGGCAUCGCGAUCGUGGGAGGCUUAGCGGUCGCGGCAGGUGUUGUUGGCAGUUUGAUUUUCAAGGGAGCCAGAAGACGGUGA